AUGGGAUCGGUUCAGAAUGGGGGGGACAUUCCCUUGACGUCGACUUCUACGCUAGACGCGGUGCGGGUUGUACUUGAGCAGUGCAGAUUGGAGAUGACCAUGGGAAAACCGGGGUUCGACCCUCAAGUCUUCUCGAGAGAACAGAAGUGGCUCAUGCUCAAAGGCGAAGAAGCUCUUUCGACGCUACAGGAGGUUGUGCGCAAUCCUGCGAUGCGUUUUGACGAUUAUGAGCACAAAAAUACACCGCUGUUCUCAUUCAGUGUCAUCUAUGUAGUCAGCGGUAUAAGCCUUCCCCCUCAACCGCCCGAAGACAACUAA